CAGAUGGAGACUCCGCGUCCUUGUUUUGCGGUGAUCCGUGGGAGCAACAUGCAGCUCGCGCCGCUGCCUCGCACUGCUGCAGUGGAGGAGUAAAUGCGGAGCCCAGCACUGCUCCAGGUGAUCCACAGCAGCCCAGCCCGGCAGACUGCUCCCUCCUCAGCCUUCCCUCUCCUCCUCCUCCUCCUUAUCCUUCUCCUCCUCCUCCUCCACCUCCUCUUCCUCCUCCUCUUCCACCUCCUCCUCCUCCUCCUCAUCCUCUGUCAUUGCUCCAUCCCUCUGAGGGCUCUGAGAAAAAAACCACAAGAAAGGAAAAGAAAAACAGAGGAGAAAUCCUGCUUCUCCCCCUCCUCCAUUCUCAGAUGUGAAACACCUCUGCAUGACUGUCCACCGCUUCCCCGUCAUCGUGCGAAGACGCAUAUGUGCUCCAAUGUCUCCGGAACAUACAAUCGCUGCAAGACCAGAAGUUUUCGCCUUGGUCCCCGUCUCAAAAGUUCAAUGAAGGCAGACGCCUCCCUCCGGCCAGGAACAUGAAGGGCUUAUCGGGCAGCCGUUCCCAGCACCAGAUCCCUUUACCCCAUGGCUUGGACUACGACCCCCACAUCCAUGACCUCCAUGCUCACCAUGGCGCUGACGCCCGCCACUCGUCCUACCUGCUCAGCCCCACAGAGAGCUGCCCCAUGGACUUCCACCACCGCUACUCACCGCGCAGCUCCAUCCACUCUGACUGCAUGAUCAUGGCGCCGGUCAUGAUGCCUCCAGCUGCUGUGUCUGACCACAUCUCCAGCAGCACCUUCCCCAGAAUGCACUACAGCUCACAAUAUUACGACUCAGCCACACGGGACGACUGCGCUGCCAUCACAGCCUCUGCCACAUCCCCAGCUGUCGCUGCCGCUGCAGCCGCGGCGGCUGCCUCCGCCCACCACGCCGGCAACAAGAGCAACCGCCUUCCUGCUAACCUUCUAGACCAGUUUGAAAAACAAAUGCCACUACACCGUGACGGCUUCCACACAUUACAGUACCAGCGCACCUCCACCACCACCGAGCAACGCAGUGAGAGUCCUGGCCGCAUCCGACACCUUGUUCAUUCUGUCCAGAAGCUCUUCACAAAGUCUCACUCCCUGGAGGGCUCGUCCAAGAUGAACGGCACAAAAGGUGAUAUUGUAGGAGGUGGAGGAGGAGCGGGAGGUUAUCACCAUCACGGCCACCACUCCACCAAACACGGUAGCAAGAGGAGCAAGAGCAAAGAACGCAAGCACCGCUCUGGUGGCUGGUGGAGCUCCGACGACAAUCUGGAUAGUGACAGCACCUACCGCACGCCCAGUGUCAUGUCGCGGCACCACGGGGAACAUGUCAGCCACUGCUACCCGGAUUCCAUGCACAGCCACCACUUUGGAGACCUGUCUCUAAAGACCUCUAAGAGUAACAAUGAUGUCAAGUGCUCGGCCUGUGAGAGCAUGGCCAUGGCGCCUGAGGGGAAAUUCAUGAAGAGGAGCUCCUGGUCGACACUGACAGUCAGCCAGGCUAAGGAGGCCUACAGGAAGUCAUCGCUCAAUCUAGAGAAACCCAUAAUGCAUCUGGACCUCAAGCCUUCACGGACAUGUCACUACCUGCAGGUGCCCCAGGAUGAGUGGAGCGGAUACCCCGGCGACAAAGACGAGGAGAUCCCGUGUCGGCGGAUGCGCAGCAGUAGCUACGUCAAAGCUAUGGGAGAGGUGGAUGAUGAAAGUGGCGACUCUGACACCAGCCCGAAGACCUCCCCCCAGAAGGCCGUGCGGCCUGACGCUCUAGUCCUCAAAUCAGCCAUGCAGAGAGCCCAUUUUGACUCCCACAGCCAGGGCUACCACUUGCAAACCACAAGAGAAAUGCGGCCCCACCCUAGUGUCACGCUGGACCCUGCCACCUCCUUCCAUCCCCCGCCCUUCCGAUCUCGCAACCAGAGCUACAUGCGCGCAGUCAGCACCCUCAGUCAGGCUAGCUGCGUCAGCCAGGUGAGUGAGACUGAGGUCAAUGGCCAGUUUGAGUCAGUUUGCGAGUCCGUUUUUAGUGAAGUAGAAUCCCAGGCCAUGGAGGCCUUGGACCUGCCUGGUUCGUUCCGCACUCGAAGCCACAGUUACCUCCGUGCAAUUCAGGCUGGUUAUUCCCAAGAUGACGACUGCUUGCCUUCAAUGACAUCCUCCACUGUCACUUCAACUCUCAGAUCCACAACAGGGAUUCAGUUUCGUCUCCCUACUUCCUGCAGCGUGGACCGCGCUCAGCCUCCUCCAGCGGUAUCAUAUCCUCCUAGUUACAAGAAGACUCCACCUCCCGUGCCCCCGCGCACCACCACCAAGCCUCUUAUCUCUGUGACAGCCCAGAGCAGUACAGAGUCCACCCAAGAUGCCUACCAGGAGGGCAGGCAUCCACGGGGCGGUCUGUGGACCACGGACAGCCUCGGCCGUCCCAUCUACAGCUCCACGGACAGCCUGGACAGCACCAAGGCGGUCACCAUGGCCAUGGAGUCAGCAGGAGGCAAGAGGCACGCAUCCUCGGGCAGCCACACCUCCGUCCAGACAUGCGACAAAGCAGUGCUGGUGUCCAAGGCCGAGGAGUACCUCAAAACCCCACGUUCCUCCAUUGGGAUACAGGUGGAAACUGUGACAGACUCUGAGACAGAAAGUAAAGGCAUUCCUCAGUUCCAUUCUAUAGGGAUCCAGGUGGAGGAUCACAAACGGCAUGGGCGGUUCAAGCGCUCAAACAGCGUGACCACUGCGGUGCAAGCAGACAUGGAGCUGGAGGGCUUUCCCUCCAUGGAGGACAAGGCCCUGCAGUUUGGCGGCGCCUUCGGCCGCCACUCUGAGCCCAGCACGCCGACGCAGUACGGGGCCAUCCGUACGGUGCGCACGCAGGGCCUGUUCAGUUACAGGGAGGACUACCGGCCGUCCAGUGGGCCUUCCAGCCCGCAGCCUGAACCCUGGCUGGUGGGGCCUAGCAUGGAGGGCGCUGAAGCAGGCCGCGUGUCCCCCCUCCGCAGGGACGGCAGCUGGUUCAUGCAGCUCCUCCACAAUGAAACCAAGCGGCUGGAGGGAUGGUGCAAAGAGAUGGAGAGAGAAGCAGAGGAACACGACAUGUCGGAGGAGAUUCUUGGAAAAAUCCGGAGCGCAGUGGGAAGUGCUCAGCUACUAAUGUCUCAAAAGUUUCAGCAGUUUUACUGGUUAUGUCAGCAGAAUCUGGACCCCAGUGCCAUGCCCAGACCCACAUCUCAGGACCUGGCUGGAUUCUGGGACCUGUUGCAGCUUUCCAUCGACGACGUCACUGCCAAGUUUGAUGAGCUGCAGCAGAUCAAGAGCAACCACUGGCAGCUGGUGGAGAGUCCGGAGAAGAAGGAGCGGAAGUGGCCCCCACCCCUGCCAAAGCGGCCAGCCAAGGGCCACGGCGUCAUAACGCGGGAGCGCUCUCUGGACCUUCAGGACCGCCAGCGACAAGAAGCCCGCAGACGCCUCUUGGCUGCGAAACGAGCAGCUUCUUUCAGACAGAACUCAGCCACCGAGAGGGCAGACAGUAUCGAGAUCUACAUCCCCGAAGCCCAGACGCGGCUUUGAGGUCCACACACUCAUCGUCCACUUUCUUCCUCCUCCUGCUGUCCUCAUCUGUCCCCCAGCUCGUCCACUGUGUUGCCAUCUGUUGUUGCCAUUCUCUGGGUUGUCCCCACUGAAGCUACACUAGGCAAAGAGUUCAGAGGAAACCAUUCUUUUCAGCCUAAAUGACCAUGUGGCACUGCCAUGGGGAAGAACGCCCCGUCUUCCCUGAGUGAGACGUCAGGUGAGUCAGGUGUGUGCGAUGCUCGUCCCACAGGAAGAGAUAAAAAAAAAAUCUGAAAUUUUGAUUGAAACCCGAGCUGUCUCCGAAACAGUAAAACCUGGACACACCAGCAUUAGACCUUUUUCCUCUUGUCCCUCUGGUCUGAUUGAAGUUAGUUAAAAGGGAUCUCAGGCCAGCUGGAUUAGUGACCGUCAGUAUUCUCAUGGCUAUUCAAUGUCAUAAAAAAGGUCUACAUGUCUUUGUCACCUGAAGCUGCUAAUGUGAAGUUGCCUCGUGUAGCUUUAAGCCCUCAGGGGACUCGACACAUUCUGCACCAUGAGAAUGAGCUGCUAUAUCCAAAAAGAAACAUUUCACUUCACAUGAAUUUCAGCUAUAACUUCAAACUUCCGUCAUUGCUAUUAGCCCCACGGAGAAGAAUGCGAGUAAUGUUAUAUUUGCUCCAUUCAAAGGGAAACACAAAGUGCAACUUUAUCUCAUCAGCAACAAUGGUCUUGGUUUAAAGCAGCCUGAGGUUACCACGGCAGCAGAAAGUGAUGUGUCAAACUUUUUCAUUAGAAACCUGGUGCAACUUUAUUGUUGUCGAGAUUUCCUUGUGGUUAUAUAGUCAGAAUGGACGGGCCGUAUAAACAAUACUCUUGUUUCUAUCAUUAUUGCAUCACUCCAUCUUGAACUAAAAUGACACUCAUUAGAGCGCAAACCUCCGCCAUAUACACUCAUAGAUAUCAGUUCCCGAAAUAUACCAGAUUUCUUUCCAUCAAGAUCCAUGAAUUAUUCACUGGAAAAAUUGUGAUAAUGUUGACGAAGGCUUUAAGUUGCUAUGUCAAAGAAAGAGAAAUACAAAUUCCUGAUCUGCGCCAAAAUGCAAAGGUUCAGUGUGUAAGAUUUAGGUGAAAUGGAUUUAUGAGCAGAAACAGAAUAUAAAUGAAUCCUAGGGAUGUUUUCACGCGUGUGUUUCAUCUAAAUUGUACGAAUUGUGGUUUUCUUUCACCUAGAAUGGACCCUUUAUAUUUAAAUACUAUAUAUUUACACCAGGAGCGGGUCCCAGACUGGACAAAAUAAACACCUGAAGGGAAGUGUGAGGUGAGGGGUAUUCAGCUGCAACAUGCAACUUCACCACUAGAUGUCACUAAACUCCACACACUGAACCUUUAAUUGGUUCUUCCUCUAAAAACACCUCAGUUGUUUUUUUUGUGUAAUAUUGCUAACGAACAAUCAAACCAAACAAACAGACAGAACCUCCUUGGCCGAGGUGACCAGGCGAGCUGCAGCCGUGGAACAGUGUUGCUGAAUGAGAUCUGAAAAUGAGGCUAAAAACUCCUAGACCAUCAUUUCCCAUCAUUGAUUCACUUUAAUCCAUAUUAAAAAAAACAUCCAUCUUAGAACGUUUUUUAAAGAUAUGUACGUUAUUUGCUGCUGGAUGCAUUUCCAUUGCAGAACAAAUAUGAAUUAUUAACAGAAAAAAAAGAAGUUUUACGAAGCCUGGAAGAGGUGACUGUAUCCAACAAUGCAUUUUGCACCUUAUAAUAUUCAUGUUUGUAUUUCCAAGGGAAAUGUAGUUUAUGAAGCUCAUGUGAUAUUGUUGCAGUUGAAUUGCAAGGACAGAAAUGGAGGAUUUACCACAGAAUUUCAUGUUAUUCUAUAGGAUCAUGUAAACUGCACCUUGUGUUUCGUUUUUCUUUCCGACGCCGCUCAGGCCUCGUAAUCGUAAAUCUAACACGUUUGAUCAUACUUACAGUAUCUAUCACAUGGCCGACAUCACAGUAUACAUUCAGUAUCUCUAGCUAAAGCAGUUGUGGGUGGAUUUGAGUGCGUUUGUCCUGCUGACUGAGGGGAGUUCCUCGGCUAACAACUCAUUUCUCAUGACACACUGCAUCCGACCCUUUUGUUCCAAGUGGCGCAUAUUUAAAAAAGAAAAUACUGUUGUUAUUUUGAUCUGCUCAUGUAGUCUAUGAAAGACAGGUGCAAAUUACACUUUAACAAUAUUCAGUUACUAUAGUAAAUGGUGCUGCUUUUUACUCUGAAACUGUUGUCCUUUACCCAGUCCUAUGUGCACGCACACACACACACACACACACACACACACACACACACACACACUCAAGGACUUUUUAAAACUGAGAUUUAUCAACAUGGUGCCCGGUGUCUCUCCAACGACGUGUGGGACAUUGUGACUUUAGAAAAGAUCAUCUUUGCAAUGCUCUCGCCCUCAGCGGUGAAAAUCAGGAGAAGGUUUCAUGGUGUAACUUCCUGUCUGGCAUGAAAAGAGGUCAGUUUGUUUAUCAGACGGGAGAGAUUACAGGAUUUCGACAUUCCACCGACCUUAAAGUAAAAUCUACUAUGCCCACCAUGAGCCAGGGGCAUUCCGCUACAGCGAGCUGAGUACUUCAGUGUACCCGUCCAUAUUUUAUACGACACAGACGAAGAAUCCCCGACAUUUUGCUCACACACGCCCAUUCAUUUGUCAAUCCAGUCCCAGCUAAUUAAGACUAUUACAGGGCCACUAGGUUUCCCAUGUCGCUGUAAUAAGACCAGUGCUCAGUAGGGGGCAGCAGUCUGUGUACUGUAAAUACUUUGGUGAGGUAGUGAGACCUGCUUGUCAGGAGGGAGAGUCUUUUACUUUGUGACACGUAUACAUCACUGCUAGAUGGAAAACCCUCACGUUACCAGACGGCCUUAAGCAAAAAAAACAACAAACGAAUGUAGAGCCCCAAACGAUGCAAAAAAAUAUCCAAGAGGAUCAGAAGAUGAUAAAAAAAAACUUUUUACUUUAUUUAAUUCUUAUUUUACUUUUGUCGUUCUUGUUUCAGUUAUCUUCUUGUUGAUUGGUGUUAAUGAGACAUAUGAUGCUUUCUCAGUUCCCCAGUUUCCUCUGGAGUAUUAUAUAGGAUAUUUUGUGAAUGUAAAAGUUCUGCGAAUUUAAAAAGCCCCAAAAAUCGAUUUAAUCAGUCAUUUUAAUUUUCCACUUACAAGUCUAAUAAAGUCUGUUUCGGUCUGCGAGAGAGAAUUUACCAUUUUAAAUAUUCCUUCUCAUUUAUUUCUCUGGUUCCUCCUGAACUUUUGUUCUCAAAGAAACAAACGACAGCUUCACUGAAUUACGAUACAACAGCUGAUGGGCUACUUUGACAAUUCAGCUGCUCUUCCACCUGACUGAAGGUCACGCAAAUCAAGUCGACUUCCCACAGACUGCAUACUGUGAUUCCAUCUUGUGUGGUAUUUGAUCAAGUCAUUAUCAUCCAUCUAGGCUUUCCUUUAGGAACUACCUUUUCAAACAGGGGGGGGGGGGUCUCUGUCGUUUUGUAGCUUCAAGCCCGUCACUAAGAAUUUCCCUGCAGGUUGUUUCCACUUUCAAACCAGUAGACAUGAGUGAAAUCUACAAAAUCUAAUUAGUGGUAAUAAUCCAUAGAUUAGCUUCUCUGCUCGGGGGAACUCGUCACGUGCCACCUGACAGAGACGAGGCAGCAAAGAGGAACAGGGAGAGUAAAGUGCUGAGGAUCGACUGGAACGACCUAAUGGUCUCUGGCUUAAAUGGAAAACGAUGUCACUUUAGCUGUUUUUGCACCAGUCACCAGUGGGUGGGGCUGAUUUCUGACACAAAGAUGUCCUCAAAAGUCACAGGGACACCAGCGGCUGCGAGCUGUCACAGGACGUACGACACACACACACAUACGCUGACAUAGAUAUUUAGAAAAGUGUUUUGUGAUCUCACGUGGGGCUCGUCUGUGAUCGUGGCGCAUCGACAUGACAUCUUUAGUGAAAACACUGAAUAUUUCUCUUCCUUGUCUGUGUCACGUUUUAUCUCACCACGCCACAAGGGGCUUAGACGUUUGGCAACUAUGUACAUGACAAAUCCUCAGGUGCCUUACGGUUUGAUUCUCAUCGGACUCUGUGAGUGAAUGUGUUGGGUUGAGACUUGUGGAAGGACUGCAACACCUGUUAAGAGUGCGAGUUUGUCUGUGAUACCAUUACAAAGGGCUGGAAACUGGGUUGGGUCGGACUGCAGAAUUUAAAACUUUAUAUUUGACUACUUUAAACUUCGGACUGUAAUAAACUUCAGCACAAUAAUGUCAAGAGGGCAGCAAAAGGAGGAUUUGGUAACAUUUGUUAUCCUCUUCUUUUUGGGGUUUUUGACUCAGAUCUCACAGAUGUUCUGCUGCGUAUCACCAUGAUGCAGUGAGAUCCACUUUAUGAGUCACGACUGUGGACAAAGGUCCGUUCAAAUUACGAUCAAUGGUAGGAAAUCGGUUGAUUCGACAAUUUAUACUCAUUUCGUGCCUCGUUUCCAAACAGUUUUGUUUCGUGUCUGUAAUUCCGUGUCCUAUUCGGACUCCGCUCCCCUAGUGUUCAACGCCUGGAAAUGCAUUUCUCUACGGCUGGAUAGAGAUGCCACUGCAGCCAGUAGAGAAAUUGUCGGAUUAUGUACCUGGAGCAAUAUUUGGAAGAAAGAACGUGCUUGAUGAUUGUUGUUUAAAGCACAUUAUUUAUGUUGAUUAUAUUAUGAUCAUUAAAUCUAUUGAUGUACACAAAUCAUGUUCAGCAAAAAAAAACUUUUUUGUAAUUCAUAGAGUGUCCAACUGGCAGAACAGGUAUAUAUUUAAUUAUAUAAUUACACAGUUUGAGUAACAACAGUGUCAAACAAUUGAAUUCAAAUAGUCUCUUAGCUAAUUGGUGUUUAUGUUAAAACUUCCAGUGGCACAAAGUGUGUAAAGUCUGUUCGAACUCCACAGCAAAAAACUUUUUACUUGGAGGCAAAUUGUUGACCAAAAAAUGCAAAGGAAUGACGACACUACCGGGUUAACUCACAAACCGACACAGAGCUUGGUGGAAACAAGGCGUCGAAGUCACAUCCAUUUCUGCAAAUCUAAAAAAAGAUUAUUUAUUUAAAAAGGUCUAUAUUUUUUCCUUCUUGCUGUGAUAUUGUAAUCUCGUGAUGUUCUUUGCCUUUUUUCGGCAUCAACAUCGGCAGAAAUCUGGAGACUGACAAAACUUGACCAGCCAAAAAGUGCAAUAGUGUUUUCAUACAAUGGCAGGCAGGCUCACCUACAGCUAUUUACCUCAUAGAUAAGCAUUUUAGCGAAACAUGGUAUAUUAGGAGUAGUUGUAAUCUCCACAGGAAGUAUUUGUCAUGCCUGUGUACUAUGCAGCAGUACUUCUGUGGGGCUGCAGAGCCUUUGCGGGCCCUGGUGCACAUCACCUUUCAUUCACAGAGCACUGACAAGCACCAUGUUCACCGUGCUUUACACUGCAGGAGCAAAAAUGUGUGCUGUCAUUGUCAUCCAAUUCCAAAUCCUAUACAGUUAACCGACCAUCACUUUAAAAAAAUAUAUACUGUAAAGAAAAAGGUCAGCUAACUUUCAUUAAUCAAGACAUCUGUUAAUGCCUUGUACAACACUAACUAACAUCUUUUACUAGUCGUCCUGAAGAUAAACCUCAGAGAAGUCUGUAUAGGUGCUGAAUCAAACCACUUCUCUCAUUGUACUUUUACAUUUUCUUCUUCUUUUGGCUUUAUUCUGACAAUCAGCACACAUCAAACACACACACACACCAACACACACACACACACAAGCACUGCAGCAGCGGUGUGAUCUCCUCAAGAUGGCGCCCUGAGUUUCCCUCACAUUCACAUCUUGAGGAUUUCUUCACACUGAGACUCCAUUCGAUUUUCAUUGAAAGCUUUUCUCCUUGAUUCUGAUACAGUUGCGCUGCAAAGAUGUCUUUCUACUGUUUGCUCUCUCUUCUCAUAAACGACCUGAGCUCUGACUACGUGCUGUGGAUCGUCAGGCUUUGUUCAGACGGCAGUCGAGUGAGUCGUCAUGGGCCAUGUUCGAUGUCACGCUUCCAUCACUACUGGGCUGUACGAGUGUAUUUGCUCCUCAAGCAAUAAGCCUGAUUUAGAUAUUUCAGCUGGUGUUUCAACCUUAUCUUACCUUAAACUGCUUUAUUGUUUAAAGCUGCUUAAAAAGUGGUUUGAAAUUUGGGGAAAUACCAUAGACUGUAUAAGAUAGAUGAGGAGACAGUGAAACCAAAUCAUCUGGAUCGCCCCCUAGUGGGUAGCUGCUAUAAUCGGUUAUAGGUCAAAGCUAAAAAGCUAAAAAUGGUUUCUGGGACUAGAUUGUUCUUAUCACACAGAUGUUUGUUAAAGUGCUAAUAUUUCCAGUUAGCUUGGAUUUAAUUAGUUAUUUGAUGCCAUGAAAAACAUGGUGAAAAGUCAUGAUUGGCAGCUGAGACUGAUGGCGAUGAGUCGAGUGUGAGCAUCAAUGACACCACAGCUCCACCCCCGAUCACUACAGAUCCGGCUCCAAAUGACGUCAAAAGUGAAAUGUUUUGGCUUCGUUUUUGUACAACGGGAGGAAGUGAAGACACGUCGUCCAUCUUUAUAUACAGUCCAUGGGAAAUAUACAUAAGCACCCUUGAGAUGGAAUAGCCUAGCAUUAAGUAUGAAAACGGGGAGAUGGCUAGCUUGCCUCAAUUCACAUGUAACAAAAUCUGCGUAAAAAGCAGAGUAAAUCUCAAUCAAUGUGUUAGGUACGAAAAAAUGACAUCAAAGGAAAAAACAAACAUUUUACAGUGGUUAUGUACUGGUUUACUUCUUAGCUAGGAACAGAGAAGCUAGUCCACCAUUAACAAAACCAGCAUAAAACCACAAAUCCUAAUUUUCACACUUGAAACAGGUUCAUUUGUGCUGGUCGGUGGAUUUUGUUGCAUUUGGGCUAAGCCACGCCCCCAGUCUCUAUGCUAAGCUAAGCUAACGUCUCAUGUGAAUAGCAAAUAUUUCCCCAAAUUACAAAUUAUUUAUUGAAGCAGUCAAAUAUUUCUCUUUAGCUUAUGUUAGAUUAUAUUAAUUUGUAAAGGCAUUGCAGAUGCUCACAUGUAAUAUUUUUUUCCUCACGCUUGAUUUCUGUAAUAGUUUUAUUAUUAAUAUUCUCAUUUGUGAUUUUAGUUAUGAGCCUGACCAGUGUAGUAAACAACAGAAGGCAGGGCAGUUACACUAUUUGACACCACAAACUCGUCUCUGCACCAAUUUCUGGACACACAAUCCCAAUGAAACCACAAUAUACAGACGUGCGUUGUCCACAUAUUGUUUUUGGAUCGUGUGCUUCUAUUAAAACGACAGGGAGGAGAAGUGUUUGUGUGCUGUUUGUGUGUCUGUGCUUUAUGAGGGGAGAGAGCAGUCACAAUUUAGUUUGCCUUUGGUGGAGAAAUGUCUUGUUGUGUUGUGGCUGUGGGUAGAAAUAACAAGAGGCCUCUUCUGGGCUCUGGAAUGUGAUACGAGAAACAUUUGAUAGCAUAAAAGGUUUGUGGUUAGUUUAAGACUAUUUUCAAUUGUUAGAUAUCUCAAUAAUGAGGAUAAAUAUAAUGCCAAAUAUUCAGUAUUUGUACAGAAAUAUACAUAUAUAAAUAUAUAAUAUAUGCCUAAUUUAAAUGGAACUAUUUUCCGCUCUUGACCAUGUUUUUGUUGUUUACUGUUCCUUUGUCAACAUUAUUUUAUAAGAUCUUCAGAUAGCAUGCGGGAUAGUGAAAAUGAAUGUAUUCUUUAGUGUUUCAUUGCUGUUCAGUAUUACAGCAUUCUACAGAUCAGUUUGUGUUUGUAAGAUUUAUUUAAGCUGAAUAUUUCAUUUCUAGAUUUUUUCUUUGAUCGAGUUGUAAAACUUUCUUUUGUUUUUCUAAAUGCAAGAUUCUGACAUGGUUUCGCCAAAUUUAAAUCAUUCUAUUAUUUCCCUGCUUUAUCAGCGUGGUUCAGUAUAUUUUGCCUCUUCUGAAGUUCUGCUAUCUACCAUGUUGUAAAUAAUUAUGCAAAUUAAACUUUUUGAAGAAAACUG